AUGACUACCCUCUCUCCAGAAAACAGCCUCUCAGCCAUGAAGUCAGCCUCUUUCAUCCUGGUGAAGAGGAAACCACCAAUCGACAAGACAGAAUGGGAUAGUUACUUUGACGAGAAUGGUCAUCUGGCCAAAUCCCGAGAUUUUAUCUGCCUCAAUAUCCUGGAGAGGGGCCUGCACCCCUUCGUGAGGACAGAGGCAUGGAAGUUCCUCACCGGCUAUUACUCAUGGAGGAGCUCCAAGGAUGAGCGCCUGAUGGUGGACAGCACCCGGAAGAAGAACUAUGAGGCUUUAUGUGAAAUGUAUGAGAAAAUCCAACCACUCCUGGAAAAUUUGCACCGGAAUUUCAUGGAGACACGAAACAAUAUCUCCUAUGACAUCCAGAGACUGUACGACAAGGAUCCACUGGGCAACGUUAUCAUAGACAAGAAACGCCUGGAGAAGAUUCUACUCCUGAGUUAUGUGUGCAACACUGAGGCUGAAUACCAGCAGGGCUUCCAUGAGAUGGUGAUGCUCUUCCAGCUGAUGGUGGAGAACGACCAUGAGACCUUCUGGCUUUUCCAAUUCUUUCUGCAGAAGACGGAGCAUAGCUGUGUCAUUAAUAUCGGGGUGGGGAAGAACAUAGAAAUGCUCAACUCCUUGAUUUCUUUCCUGGAUCCCACCUUUGCUGAGCAUUUGAAAGGGAAAGGGGCAGGAGCUGUGCAAUCCCUCUUCCCCUGGUUCUGCCUCUUCUUCCAGAGGGCAUUCAAGUCAUUUGAUGAUGUCUGGAGGCUCUGGGAGGUCCUGCUGACAGGGAAACCCUGCAGGAAUUUCCAGGUGUUGGUGGCCUAUAGCAUGUUGCAGAUGGUAAAGCAGCAAGUCCUUCUGGAAAGUAUGAACGGUGAAGAUAUUGUCAUGGCCUGCAAUAAUCUUAUUGACCUUGAUGCUGAUGAGCUUAUCUCUUCUGCCUGCUUGGUCUAUGCUGACUUAAUGCAAAAGGAUGUUCCAGAACCUUUAAAGGAGUUCUUCCAGUAA